GGGUUUCGAUUGGUGUCCACUUGGAACUUUGGUGAUCCAGUCCAUAAUGCGGUCGAAUGUGUUGAUAUCCUUCCAGAAAUCAACAUUCUUGCUGUUGCUAUGCGUGGAUCAAAAUGUGUGUUUUAUGAUAUCAACGAACAAAGCAACGAUCCCAUUCAGGUACUCAAGGGAGGAAAUCAUCCAUGGUUUGUGCCCGAUUCAAUAGCCUUGUCGCAAGACUACUUUGCUGUUUCUGGGAGAAAGCCAUCUGCCGUGUUUAUCUGGAAUUGGCGGAAAGGGGUUCGCUUAUCUAACAGGGUAAUGGAAGAAAAGAAGGUUCUCCUUUUCUAA